AAAAAAUCCAACAUCCGAUCAACGGACCCUUACUUUUCUGAGUUUUCUUCAAGUUCGUAGCAAAAUAGUUCUGCAAUUGACUAUCUCUGCUUCAUCCCUUGCCCCCAGAACUUGUCCUCGCUUUCUCUCUUACGCCCCACUUCCUCUUCCUCCUCUUCAAUUUUCCUUCCAUUCGCUCCACAUUCCUUCGAAACGGCCUCCCACCCAAUAAGAGCUCUGAGAGAGUGGCAAGAGUACGAGGGGGCAGUGAAGCGCAAGGACCUUACCAGAGCUCUCAGGUUCUUGAAAUCAAUUGAGAAAGACAAUGAUGACCCAGUUGAGGAGAAGCUCAAACAUGGUUCUUUGUCUAUUGAAUCGCCUCGGCCCCAACUGGGAGAGCUGGGGUUUGUUGGUGGGUUAGAGAGGGAUUGGGAGGUCUUGGGUACUUAUUUGAGUGCUAGUGAUAUGAGACUUGUGGGUAGUGCUUAUGGGUUCCUAAAGGACCGACGGUUCUUGCCCAAUUUUGGAAGGUUCAGUGGUAUAUGUAUUUUUUUGUUAUUAACUCCCGCUGAGGGUGUUCUUUUAUAUGUUUUGGUUUUGAGUUUUUUCUGUCCUCGGGUAUUAAUUCACGGCGAACUUGGAAAGGGAAAAAUGGGUCUUUUGUCAUAUGUAAAGGGGUGUGCUUUGCAAUUGUCACGGUAACAGCUUUCAUUUCUGCUCGAAUGAAUAAUUUUGCUUUUAACUUCUUCAACAUGCACACUUUAGGCAGUUCUGGAGGGGCCAAGAGACGUUACACCACGUGUCUUGAAGUCCUCUACUGGUUUAGAUGUUAUCUUUAUUUUAAUUUUGAUGAAUUUGUCUAAGUUCUUCAAGUUGUUGCAUCAUCUUGAUUUGAACUAGUUUGCAUGUAGAAGUCUUUCCAGCUUCAGCAGAAUGCAUGGUUUUAGAUGAUUGGCAUUAUAAUAAUGUAUAUCGUUCUAUUAUGAUUGGGUUGUUUUAUGGUGGUUGGUAUUCUAGUAUUUUGUUUUCAUCUAAGAAAAUAAAAGUAAAAUUUCAUUGAAAUAGUUAUGGAUUACCUUUUCCCUUUUUCAGUUUUUAACCUUUCUCCAAAAAAGUGGGGUUCUUCUGGAACCUCAAGCAUUGCAUUGGUUGCCCUUCUGGGUGGAGUCUCUUAUCUGCUUUUUCAAGGGAUUGAUAUCAGGCCUAACCUUGCUCCCAUACUGCGCCUAGCCUUUUUGGACUCUAUCUUCCUUGGGGAUACAUGUUUAGCUUUAAUCUCAAGUUACUGGCCUCUGUAUAGGCACCGGAUUCUAGUUCAUGAAGCAGGCCACCCCCUUGUUGGUAUGUAAUACUUGCAUUGUUCACUUUAAUGUUAUUAUGGUUUUUUUUAAUACAAAAUCUGAAAUAUG